GGCGGGGCAAGUCCAGGAAGCGGAAGCGGCGGCUCCGCCGGGAGCUGCAGGGAGGCGGUCACACGUGUGCGAGUUUCCAUGAUGGAAGUCAAAGCAAAACAAAAAUUCACAGGGAAAGGUACAAAGACGUCACAAGAAAAAAACAGAUUUUAUAAGAACAAUGAUUCUGGUUCUUCAAAGACAUUCCCAAGAAAAGUUGUUAAGGAAGGUGGACCUAAAAUCACAUCUAAGAACUUUCAGAAAAGUGCCACAAAACCAGGGAAAAAAGGUGUGAAACAAUUCAGGAAUAAACAACAAGGGGAUAAAAUACCAAAGAACAAAUUCCAGCAGGCAAAUAAAUUCAACAAGAAGAGAAAAUUCCAGCCGGACAGUAAAAGUGAUGAAUCAGCAGCCAAGAAACCCAAAUGGGAUGAUUUCAAAAAGAAGAAGAAAGAACUGAAACAAAGCAGACAACUAAGUGAUAGAACCAACUAUGACAUUGUUGUUCGGGCAAAGCAGAUUUGGGAGAUCGUGAGAAGAAAAGACUGUGACAAAGAAAAAAGAGUGAAGUUGAUGAGUGAUUUGCAGAAGUUGAUUCAAGGAAAAAUUAAAACUAUUGCAUUUGCACAUGAUUCGACUCGUGUGAUCCAGUGUUACAUUCAGUUUGGCAAUGAAGAACAGAGAAAACAGGCUUUUGAAGAACUACGAGAUGAUUUGGUUGAAUUAAGUAAAGCUAAAUAUUCCAGAAAUAUUGUUAAGAAAUUUCUUAUGUAUGGGUCAGCAGAUCACCCAACUCUGGACAAAGUGUUAAAGGUACAGCCAGAAAAACUGGAGCUUAUCAUGGAUGAAAUGAAACAGAUUCUAACUCCAAUGGCCCAAAAGGAAGCUGUGAUUAAGCACUCAUUGGUGCAUAAAGUGUUCUUGGACUUUUUUACCUAUGCGCCCCCAAAGCUAAGAUCAGAAAUGAUCGAAGCCAUCCGUGAAGCGGUGGUGUACCUGGCGCACACACACGAUGGUGCCAGAGUGGCCAUGCACUGCCUGUGGCAUGGCACGCCCAAGGACAGGAAAGUGAUUGUGAAAACAAUGAAGACUUAUGUUGAAAAGGUGGCUAAUGGCCAAUACUCCCAUUUGGUUUUACUGGCGGCGUUUGAUUGUAUUGAUGAUACUAAGCUUGUGAAGCAGAUAAUCAUAUCUGAAAUUAUUAGUUCCUUGUCUAACAUAUUAAAUGACAAAUAUGGAAGGAAGGUCCUGUUGUACCUACUAAGCCCCCGAGAUCCUGCACAUACAGUACGAGAAAUCAUUGAAGUUCUGCAGAAAGGAGAUGGAAACGCACACAGUAAAAAAGACACAGAGAUCCGGCGCCGAGAGCUCUUAGAAUCCAUCUCCCCAGCUUUGUUAAGCUACCUGCAAGGUCACGCCCAAGAAAUGGUGCUGGAUAAGUCUGCCUGUGUGUUGGUGCCUUGCAUUCUGGGAGCUGCCAUUGGAGACACUCAACCUGCCAUGAAUGCCGUCGCCAGCUUGGCAGCAGCAGAACUACAUCCUGGCGGCAAGGAUGGAGAGCUUCACAUUGCAGAACAUCCUGCAGGACACCUUGUUCUGAAGUGGUUAAUAGAACAAGAUAAAAAGAUGAAAGAAAACGGAAGAGAAGGUUGUUUUGCAAAGACACUUGUAGAACAUGUCGGUAUGAAGAACCUGAAGUCGUGGGCUGGUGUAAAUCGAGGCGCCAUCAUUCUUUCUGGCCUUCUCCAGAGUUCUGAUCCAGAAGUUGCAAGCAAAGUCAAAGCUGGACUGAAAAGCCUGAUCCCCACAUUGCAGAAAAACAGAAGCACCAGCAAAGGAGUAGAAAUGCUGCUUGAAAAACUGUCUGUGUAGAUGGACACAAUUACCAGAUGGAACCAUCGUUUCUCGUCAGAUCUGUUUUCCCAGAGUGGAGAGAGGGCUAGGGGCCCACCACACGGGUAACUUGUGUACUCGGUGUAUGUGCUUCUUUGUACAUGAAUUUAUUUGUAAAAUGCUUUCUAAAAAUGCCUUUUAAAA